CAACUUUUUAUUCAAAGGAGGAGUUAGCGAGUUUUUGACGUCGCUCACCUGUAGCACAAACACACACACACACCUGGUUUGCUGCUUCUUUGUUUUCAACGUGAGAACGGCCAAUACGGCCAGAACAAAUACACGACGGAAGCUCUGAGUGCAUGCCCGACCGACACCCAUGGACGAGUACAUGGGGGCCCAGAACCAUGGCGUGGGGGCUGAGCCCCAAGCAAUGUGGGAAAGGGACAAGAUGCUCCAUGUGAGAGGUCUCAAGCCGCACAGCUACUGGGAUGACAGAUCGCCUGCUGCAUGCGGACAUAGCUGUCCCAGUCGAGAUUUCUUGAAGGUGGGUGUGUCCUUGAUGACCUCAGCAAUCUUCUUCCCCUUCCUGGUAUGGGGGGGUUUCGUGUUCCUGCCCUUUGAUGCCCCCCUGCUGGACGGUGCACCCCUCAAGAUGCUCUAUGCACUACGGUGCUCCGUCUUUGCUUCCACUCCCAUCGUCCUGGGUUGGCUGGCGGUGGGUGUGGCGCGUUUCAGGUUUGGCGUGGUUAGGCCACUCUUGGACGAAAUGGAGGUGACGGGGGAUCUGGAGGACCUCAGCGUUCACAGGAACUACACGCGGGAGUCUGUCGGCCUCUUCUUGAUGUACUUCCUGCAGCUGGUUGUCAUGGCGAUGUAUCUGAGCCAGGAGCAGCUGAAGCUUGUGCCUCUGUUCGCCAUCAUCUUCGCCUUGGGACGGUUGGUUUACUGGGUGCCCGCCGCAUUCGGCAGCAGCAUUCGCGCUUUUGGACUGGGCAUGUCCUUGCUACCCUGUCUGGUGAUGAUGAUGGCCAACUUGGUGUUCAUCUUCACGGCCGAGUCGGCAUCCAUGUGGAGUUCGCCUCAGCGUCCCGUCACCAUCGUGCCCGUCGGCCAACAGAGGUUCUGGGGAUGAAAAGCAAGAGCUGCAGACAAACUACUUGCUGCGGCAUCAGCUUGACAUGGCACAUAUUCAAAUGUUUGCUUUGUCCUUUCGUAAUAAAAGCCAAUUAUUCUGACGAUAA